UAUAAAUAGCGCCCCCUUGUUGACAAAUGAUAUUUAAUACUAAUUUGUUACAAUAUAAUUUGGUAAUAAAGAUAGAUUGAAGUACGAAAUGGAAGAGAAUAAAAGAUUCUUUAACUGUGAUAAUCAUCUCCUACAUUUACAAAAUGAUAGAAAAAGGCUAAUGGAUAACUACUUACAGAAACCAUAAACUAGUUUAGGCAAAUAUCCGAAAUAUGAUCAGCGUCUCCCCUUGCACGUUCUCGAAACGCUCAAAAUUGGUUAUCAUGUUUACUCGAAUCUUUUACUUCUCUUACUUCUUAUAAAUAUAUAUACAUUUGUAUAUAUUGUUGUUGACUGGGAAAAUUACUCUUUAUCAUAUAAAUAACGGUAAAUAAUAUGCAGAUAUUGAGAUCAAAACGUCACUAUUCCAACUGUAAUAUAUGGAAACCUAUUCCAACCUUUAGGGCAUAAUCUUAAAAUGACUAUAAGUUUUUUUUUAAGUCGAUUAAUUAGAACGAGGAUCGAGUUUUCUUAUAAAAGACAGUAUUACAAAUAGUAAUUAAAAAUGCUAAACUAAUUUUCUCCAACUUAAUGAAGAGAGGGGAGAGAGUAAAGAUCUAUUGGAAUAACAAGGAACAAAACAAAGAGAAUAAUGAGGAUUAAAGAAAAAAAAUAUAUAUGGAGUUUCGUUUAACGAAGGAUAUCGUGGAAGAUUAAAGAACUAAUUUUUGUCUGCUAGUGUGCUAGUUUUUAAGGUCUUUGUCCAAUGCCUAUUUCAUUUAUCUAGGAAGAUGUAGGAUUAGGCUAAGGUACCUGGGGAAAUUUUGUCAAUUCUAUUCAAACUAUACAUAGUCGAGAUUUAAAUCAAUAGUGGCGGUCGUCCAGAAAAUUACUUCUAAUUAAGCCGGAAAGUGGUCCGAUACUUAUUGGAAUGGAAGCUGCUACUAUAUGCAUUCGCCUUCUUGGAAGAUUAAAUGCAUCGAUAGGCCUGUAUUCUUUAAAGGCUUAUGGUGAAAAGAAAUUAGAAUAACACGCAAUGCACGGAUUGGGAAAGUAGAAAUCGUCGUUGGCGUCAAUUAAUGAGCCUGUACUCUCGCUCCAGUGAUCCCUUUGCAGUAUUGGAUAUAAUUUGUAUGGAAAUAAGCGACAAAACACGUCGGCACGAUCCCUUGACAUGUAAUAUAUGAGCAUUCAGUAAAGCUGUCAAGAUACGUUAACUUAACGAUUUUCCUGUCAAAACAAUACCGACGCAAAAAAUGACGCUUGGCGAUGCUUUGUUUUAUAUCUAUAUUUAUUUUUUUCCAACACAAAUUCAUUCCUUUUUCAGGUAUACAAUUAUUUUAACGCUCGACUGUUUGCAACGCCCUCCUGCGUCGAUUCUAGACGCCUUUUAGUAGCAGGAAGUUUGGUCGUCUCCCUCUCUAUAGCAGUGCCGACAAUCACUGCAAACAUCGCUUCUCUCUUUCUCUCUCUCUCUCUCUCUCUCUCUCUCUCUCUCUCUCUCUCUGUUUAGCUUUGGUCUGAAUACUUUUCAUUAUAUUUCCUUCAAGGUUGAAACUUUUCAGGUAAACAAAAUACAAUAAUAAUGCGUAAAUUUUUGUUUUUUUAUUAACGUCGACCUAAUUACAAAUCACGUGACAACGUCAUUAGCACGUAUAUUCGGAUGAAGAGCGCCAAGGGCGUUACUCGCUAACUCCUCGACCUUUAAACAAACAAAGAGAUGCUAUUAGAGUUUUUCGAUUAAAGUAAUUGGAAGGGAGGGGGAAGGGGUGGAGAGGUAAUUUUUUCUUUUCUCUCCUUUUCACUCCUACGAUUUUUGAAAUAUACUUUUUUCAAAUGUAAAAUAAUGAAAAGGCUACUCGCGUUUGAUCUUAACGCGUGUUGGUUUUAAGCGAAUUAAGGCCUAGUAGACGAAUGCUGAUUGGCUAAUUUGAUUUCCGUCGACGUUAUAGUUCUGCUCGAAGUAACGCUGAUUGCUCGUAUUCUUUCAUAGAUAUAUACCGUUCGGCUUUUAACGAAUCAAUACGUGUGUAUAUAGGAGAGAGGAAGACGCCGCAUCUAGAUUUAGACGCUUCCUGUUUCGGGCGCGCCAGCUGUAACGCGUUCCAAGGUAGAACGAAGCAGAAGCAAACUUUCUCACGGAUAGAAAUACUAUUUUCUCAUCGCUAUAGCCUGCAGUCAAAAUCGGAAUUAUGAUAAUUUUCCGUCUUAUCCUUUUCACUUCGUUGGCAACAUCCCUACGAGCGUUCGUUGUGAAAACAAGUAGGCUUUCAAAGCGUUUCUUUCAUUUUUUUCCUUAUUCUUUAUAGUAACGUUUUUUAUAUCCUUCUUUCAAACUAAUCGAUUGUAUUCUUCGCCUAUUCUUCGCUCUACCGUCCGCCUUUCUAGUUUACCUUGACAACGCCAGAGAGUGCCAAACUCGUCUAAGGAUUGUAAGAGAUGGAUUGAACAAGGGUGAUACAUUUGAAAUAAAGUCUGAAUCUCUGCCGAGUGAAAUGACCAAUCAACCUCCAGCUGGUAUUUAGCUAAAUUAAAUAUAAUCGAAUCCUAUCCAACUAUUAUUCUCCCUCUUAUAUUCCCAUUGCCUCUUACUUUCAAAUUAAUUUCCAUCAAAUUACAAAUAAUGUAUUACAGAGUGCGGGCCACACGUAUUCAAUUUCGGAGGUAGAUUAGUUAGAGUAAAGGUACACAAAUGGCAGUGCAAUAUCACUAGGAAUAACCCAUAUAUUGCCUUCUACGACAGUUGUGAAACGGAGAGGAAUAAGAAGAAACUAUUGGCAAAGUAUUAUAUAUAUAAUUGCACGGAUGCAAACCGUCCAAAACCGAUUACGUCCAACGGAGCCUGCUUAUCCAUAUAUCAUUACAAAGGGAGUGACAAGAUGAAAAUGUUAAAAUCGGAUUAUUCGUUUACCUUAGAGGUUAUUGCAGGAGAAGAAAUCGUUUCCUUCCCGGCUGGAAUUAUUGCUGGAAUUAUUAUUGGAAGUAUGAUUGUAAUAAUGAUUCUGGUCAAGGUCGUCUGUGUUCUGACCGGUUAUGAAGACAAAUUACCUCAAGUCAUCUUAGCCAAUUCGCCUCAGAAGGAGAGCCUAAUUCAGCGUAGCAAUGAUGCUCUUCGAGUAUCGGACGAGAAUAUAGGUUGGCGUCUAACAAGUUUGGGUUUUGUAGAGAGCACAGAUAAGCAUGAUUUACCCUUUUCCUAAACACCCUUCUAUACUCCUCGUCCUUCCCACUUACUCCUUCUCAUUCCUUUUUAUACUCUUAUUCAUUAGAAAUUUUACCCAUUGGCUUUAUACUUCUCAACUUCUUUUUCCGAAAGCUUGCUUUGUAUCAAUAGAUAUAGGCGAGGCGGCCGGAACAUCUCACCAACGCCGAGCAACAACAAGUAGGUCGAUGAAAGAAGAGUUGUCCCUGGUUGACGAUGACUUAGAAAUGACUAAAAUACAACGCUACCCUAGUUUUAAAGGUCACUCUUCCAAACUGUUCUGAUAUUGUUAUUUUCUUUUCUAAUGAAAGUAUUUUAUACGCCAUCUGGCGAUGUAUAAUAAAUUCGUUUUAUAAAA